AUGGCCCAGGAUCUCGACAAGACGGACCGGUCCGAGGCGGUUAGUAUAUCCGCCGAGGUCAAUAACGCCGAGAGUCUCGGCGCGGAAUCGCCGCCGAGCGGGGUUGUGACCGACGACGACGACCACCACCAUGAGAAAUUGCCGUUCUCCAAGGCGCGGUGUAUUGCCCUGGUGGCAACAGUGACUGGUGCUUCGUUUCUCAAUACCCUCACUGUACAAGCCGUGGUCAUCAUCCUGCCGACCAUUGGAGAAGACCUCGGGAUCCCCGAAAGUCGUCUCCAAUGGGUUGUAUCGGCUUACUCAUUGACUUUUGGCUGCUUUUUGUUGCUUUGGGGUCGCAUCGCUGAUAUCUACGGCAAACGAUUAAUCUUUAUCCUUGGAAGUGCUUUUGCUGCCGCUACAUUGAUUGUCAAUCCGUUUCUUCGAAAUGAAAUCGCUUUUGACUUGUUUAGAGGCUUGCAGGGCAUUGGCGGUGCCGCAAAUGUACCAACAGCAAUCGGGAUCCUUGGUGUGACGUUUCCUCCUGGCAAAGCUAAAAACUAUGCCUUCAGCACCUAUGCGGCUGGCGCGCCACUUGGAUCCGUCUUUGGUAAUCUGCUCGGUGGUCUCAUUGCAUCCUAUGCAAAUUGGAAAUGGGUCUUUGGAGCCAAUGCGGUCUUGGCUGUCAUUGUUACCGCUGCCGGCGUUUUCCUCAUCCCACCACCGCCGCCCAAGCCUGCAGAACUGACCUCUGGUAAAUCUCUGGCUAGCACGGUCGACUGGUUUGGCGGCGGUUUGAUCACGGCUGGUAUUCUGUGUCUCUUGUUUGCCCUGACCGAGGGCAAUGUUGUCGGCUGGAAGACUGUUUGGAUCUACCUCCUCAUCGUCAUUGGUUUACUGUUUAUUGCCAUCUUCGCUGCCUGGCAAUGGUACCAGGAGAAGCACACGACCCGACCACCUCUGAUGAAGAUUUCGCUGUUCAAGAACAAGCACUUUAGCAUCGCAAUGGUCCUCAUGGCCAUCUUCUUCUCGUCUUUCAAUGAUUAUCUCAUCUAUGCCACUUACUUCUUCCAGGAUUACCAAGAUCUAGGACCACUUCAAACCACUCUGCGAUUUAUCCCCACAGGCAUCGCCGGCAUCAUUGUUGCAUUCAUCGUGUCGCAUCUAAUCUCAAGAAUACCAACAUAUCUCUUUUUGCUAUUCGGUAAUCUCGCUGUCGCCAUUUCCUGUCUCUUAUUUGCAGUCCCAAUCCCACCGCAAACAUCAUAUUUUGCCUAUGGUCUCCCGGCCAUGAUUCUAUCCGUCAUUGGCGCCGACAUGACCUGGCCAUCCCUAACCCUCUUCGUAUCCAAGUCGGUGCCCCGGGAGGACCAGGCACUAGGCGGCGCUCUUAUCAACGCGUGCGGACAGACGGGACGCGCCAUUGGCCUUGCCAUCACCACGGCGAUUCAAACGGCGGUGCUGGCGCGUGAGAGGGGCGUCCCUGUUGAGGAGUCGGGCGGUAUCGAGCCGUGGGAUGCGCCGUCGCUUUUCAGUCUGCGCGUCGCGAAUUGGUUCAAUUUUGCGCUGGCGCUGCUGGGCGCGGUGAUUGUUGGUCUGGCGUUUCGCGGCACUGGUAUUGUGGGCAAAAUUGAAAAAUCGCCCGCUCGUUCUGGCGGGGAGGAAGGGGUCAUGGAUCAGGAGGACAAAGGUAGAGCUUAA